AUGGCCCACUAUAAGGGCGCCGCCUCUGAGGCGGGAAGAGCUCUGCAGCUGCAGAAGAAGCGCGAGAAAGCGGUGGAAGAGUUGGAGCACAAGAAGCGGAAGAUCGAGGAGGAGCUGAAGCUGUCGACCAUCGGAUCCAAGUUUGCCACACAUUAUGACGCCAUCGAACAGCAGAUCCGGUCGUCGACCGUGGGUUUGGUGACAUUGGAUCAGAUGAGAGCCAAACAGGAGGUGGCGGUGAAGGAGAGGGAGAAGCAGUUGGCCCUCAAGAUUGAGUCCAUUCAGCAGAAGGAGGCCGAAGACAAGCGAGAGCUGAAGGAACGCCAGAAGCGACAGUCAUCGGAUGCCAUGAAAGAGGCGAAGAAGCACCGGAUGAUUAAGAACCCGGACGUCGACACGUCGUUCCUGAGGGACAGGGAUCGCGAGGAUGAGGAGAACCUAUUGCGCGAACAGUUGAGACAGGAAUGGGUGGAAAAGCAGGAGCGCCUCAAGUCGGAGGACAUCGAGAUUACGUUCUCGUAUUGGGACGGAUCGGGACACCGGCGCUCAGUGAUGAUGACGAAGGGCAACAGUAUCUAUCAGUUCCUCCAGAAGUGUUUGGAUUCGUUGCGCAAAGAGUUUCAUGAGUUAAGGGCCGUCACCGCCGAUCAGCUCAUGUAUAUCAAGGAGGACCUGAUAAUCCCUCAGCACUACACGUUCUACGACUUCAUUGUGACCAAAGCUCGGGGCAAAUCGGGUCCACUCUUUGCUUUCGACGUUCACGACGACGUGCGCCUCGUGUCGGACGCCACAGUGGAAAGGGAUGAGUCGCACGCGGGGAAAGUGCUGCUGAGGGCGUGGUAUGAGCGCAAUAAGCAUAUAUUCCCCGCCAGUCGGUGGGAACCGUACGAUCCGACCAAGAAUUAUGACAAAUACACGAUCGGCGAUAGGAGUAGUAAAUGAGCCGUAGAUUCAAAUAAAACUUUUUUGUAUUAUAUUUGAAA